GUCCCAUGACCUUGUUUGCAAAGAGAGCCCUGACGUUCGGUUGAUGACGAUGAAGAUGUAGAUGAUCAAUUGCGAAGAUCAAGAUUAAGAUAAUUUGAUGAUGCUUUCCUCCCGGAAAAAUACUCGUGAAUGUUGCACGUCGUGUGACGUGCCCCUCUAUUCCCGAUUUCGCGAGAAGUCGUUUAUUUCGCAUCGCUUUUCGUCUUCGUUGCUCCUCGUCUCAACAGAGGUAGAGCAAAGAUGGACAGAUUGGCGAGCAGCGGCCCGACGGGCUCUUCUCUUCUUGGUUGCGAUCAUGCUCCUCAUGUCCAGUGUUGCCAACCCGGGGUCGUUAUUUGCAAACGGACAAAUAUUCCCGACUCAACGCAGUACCGGCCCAGGAAACGGGCUAGUGUCCGCGCCGGACCUUUUGGGGACGAACGAUCUGCAGUGCCAGUCCUUGAAAUAUCCAAAGUUGCUGGACUACAUUGCGCUAAUUUCACCCGGCGAACAAAAAGGUGGCGAUGCAGAAGCAAGAAGUGCCGCACUAGGGACUGGUGUUGGAUCAACGACUACAGGCUCGGUCGAACUCUCCCAGCUUCUCCAGGACUCAACUGCCACACAACCUUGGACCAAGAGCACCUGUGUGCAGGAAGCCGCAACUCUACACUUUCUUCACAACGUCCUCCAGCAGCAGUCGCAUCAAAACUCACCAGCGGCUUCUCUUGAUGCCACUUCCUCGACCACGGAAGUAGAUCCGGUCCACCAAGCGCUCUCCGCCGUGCCGGAAGACGUUUUUUCCGUGUUCAAUGUCGUGCAGCCGAAUUCAAAACUUGCCAUGCUGAUCGCCAGCAUCAGUUGCCUGUUUCCGACGAACCAAAUCCUCGCGCUCAGUAACCACCCCUUGGACAAGAUACGAAACCACAGUGCGGACUUCUUCCUGUUUCGGGACUGGGUCGCGAACCACCUUUACCACGCCAUCCUGCCCCCUCUCGCUGAUUCCGUGCACUACCUCGCGCGGGAGCGCCAGCGGUUCGCGUUCAAAAACAAGAAUGUUCAAGCUGAAGUAGAGCCUACGACGGACGUGACGAACAUCAAACCGGUCAACGCGGCUUCCCUCUUCGACGACGGGAUGCUCGUGACGAAUUCUUCCCAGCCCCUGCUGGAAAAUUUCUGCCCAUUUCUUUCCAAAGCGAUGGGCUACCUCGUGGUCGCGCUCUCCAUGCAGGAAAUCUUGCCGCUUCCCGAAACGCUCGCGGUCGUGCAAGCGGCCGAAAACGCGGUCGGGAAGUGCGUCGCGGAGUCUAGUUCGUUGGUGGAACUGGUCUACGAGCGAACCGAUCCCUUGCUGUGGGUGCUGUUAACCACGGUGUACCUGCGACUCGGAAAGGUGCAACCGCACAGCUGCAUGCACUGGUCCAAGGGCGUGGGCGGGGAGGAUGUGAGAAAAGAGCAUAUGGUACGUAAAGAAAUUUAUUGUCUAGCUUUGAUUUUUGUUAAACAACUAGCAGUAGCUGAAGUUCUUGACACCACGUUGACAAUGAAAGUUUUUGCAGAAGUAGGAAUAGAAGCAGUAGCAGAUGGAGAUGCUCCUGCAGAAGCAAUUUUAUUUGCUAGUGACAAAUAUUAACAAGUACGUCAACGAACAUCAUCAACAUUCCCUGCAGCGAGCAGUGGAGCCGAAUCACAGCACGAUUGCCGGAACAUCAGCAGCGACAGCGACUCCUCAAAGUCAGUUCGCCCAAUCGCCACCGACGCCAGCCUCCUCUCUAGCACAGGCCGCUGCGGCUGCGGGCGUAGGGAUGACGACAACUACUCAACUUGGUGCUACCAGUCCAGCACCUCCAAUAGUCGCAGCUAGUACCAACUCGCGGCCAGUUGCUCCUCCCGCGGCGCACCCUUUCCAACUACCGAACGCGCAGCAGUGGGAACCUUACGGCAUUUUCGAACUUUCUGUCGGCCUGCGCGAGAACUGCUUCACGAAGCAGGGAAACGACAUCUGGGCGGGCUACGAAGAUAACUUGCGUCGCUGCCUCGGGAACAGGCGGAUCCUGCAGUUUUUCGUGUUUGAUGUGGCCGCCAACAAGCUCCGCCCCGCGGUGAAGACAAGCGGAGGCUUUGUCCACGAGCCCACGUUCUCUUCGGGCAACUCGGCCCUCGAAAUCAGCUGGCAUCGGACAAACGAAUUCGGUCGCGACCGGUUGCUCGUCAAGGACGCCAGGUGGCUCAGCCGCGAGCACUUGUACGUCAGUCUGGCUUUACCCGAUGUGCUACCGGCCUUGAUCAUUGAGCCCACUUCGGCGACCGACGUAUGGAACAAGGAGUGGCUGGAAAGCUACGCGGUAGCCAUGGAGCAGCUCGGAUUCGAACCACAAACCGUCCAAUCACCCGAGGAGGCACGACAACUGAUGCUGACGGUACAACACAGUGCGUCGGGCGGAAGGUCAUUGGCAAACGCGAAAAAGCUAGUGCUCUUCUGGCGCAUCAACCAGAUGUUUCAAGGAACCGCGGCAUCAACCGGCGCAGCUUCCUCAACGUCCUCAGCGCAUGCUCCUGCACUCGCCAACGGCCCCGCGCUGUCUGAAGAACUGGUGAAGUACACGAGUAACUUCGCGCAGCCCGUGGCUGGAGUUGUGAGCAAUGUUUUUGUGUACCCGAAACCGGAAACCGCGGCUCUGUACCAGAACAAGUUGACCAUGUUGGAGGCCUUCAUUCGGGAAGACAUUCCAGUGCCGCCCUUUCGCCUGGUCACAGGCAGCGACGUGGUGACCGCGGAUAUGCCGUUGCCUCCUUUUCCCGUGCUGCUGAAACACGCCUACGCAGCGUCGUCCCGGGGGCUGGCGCAGUACUUCGACGAGCUAAUUUAUUGAGGCUAUGCUUUUGUCUUGCGUGACAAUGAAAAGUGAAAAUCACGACGCUCAGAAGGUCGAGGUCAUGGAAAGAUAGAAACACUUUUUAACUUUUCUAUCCACAACAUUAACUCUUGUAGGUGCGACACUCUCUCCCAGUUUCCGAGCUGUUUGCAAAGCUGGUUUCAACACCACCCCGACCAGGAGGUCGUGAUAGUGAUGCAGAAGCUCGAGUUCGUGCGCGAAAUGCGGCUGACCUUUCUCGCCGGCGAGAUUGUCCAUGGGUAUUGGCGCAUCAAGGAAAAGGCCAGCGACCUCGCGGCCAGCACUCACAUCUCCAACAGCACGCUGAGCUUCGACGACCUCCCGUUGCGCGAGAUGAAACCGAUCGUCCAAAAGAUCUCCGCGCAGAUCAUGGACGUGGGCGCCCUGGAUGCGGUCAUCGUCGACGGCCAAGUUUUCGUCUUCGAGGUCAGCCCGAUCUUCGACAUGAAUCCGGAACCGGAAACGGCGGCGCUCAAGCAAAUUCCCUACACGGCGUACAAGAAGACGGAAAGCUACACGAAACGGCGACUGGAGGGGUACGUCGCUUUCUGCAAGCAGUUUGUCAAUUUCGCGGUGCAAGCUGUAGAGUUUUCGAGUCUUGCUGCUACCCUGUUCGUCGACAUCGACAACACGCUGAAUUACGCGUACCGGCGCUUCCAAAUGUACAAUGUCCCGGAUCCGUUUGAUCCGGAGCUGGUGCUGCAGGACGAGGUGAUCGGCGGCGCGGAACAGGCACUGCAAGCGAUUGCGGCAUCGAAUCGGUACCGGAUCGUGUACCUCACCGCCCGCGUUUUUCGGAACGCCAUUCCGGCGACGCACAACUGGCUCUUCACGAAGCACCAAUUCCCGGUGGCGCCUGUUGUGUUCACCGCGACAGCGAACGAGAAAAUUUCGUACCUUGCGGAAGGCGUCAACUUCGCGAGCGAGGAGCAGAUCGCGGCGGAGUUUGUGAGAAUCGAAAAAGAACUCCUGUCUUCGCAGAAGAUGUCGAGGACAUCAACUUCACUGCCUAGUCUUACCUCCAACUCAGAUGCCGUUGGUCAUUCUCAGCGAAGUUGCGAAAUCAAGACCGAUGAUCUCCUAUUGGCGACUUCUUCUACUGCGGCGGUGGCGAAGAGCGGUUCAACAACAUCAGCAUCUUCAUCAUCUUCGCGACUUUCAACAAUACUACAGACAACGAAUGGCCGGUGCAUGAGGCGAAACAAGAAGACAAACACGGGUGUGAACAUUCUGAUCGACGACCUGACACGAGCGCACCACCAGCAGCGCUUUGAGGAGCAGGAAGUGCUGUUGGCGCUGCUGGACAGACACGCAGUCCCGUUCAUCCAGUUCAACACGCUGUAUGGACCAGAGCACUGGGCGCAAAUCGCGAAGGCGUUGGUGGCGUGAAGAGGAAUUUUGUUUCCGUAGCGGGCGAGAUGAUGCUGAAGUUUUCCACUUUGCACGAAGAGCAAAGUUGAAACUUCAAGAUCCAAAUCUAGCGAAUCCGAAUGCGGACCCAAGCGAAAUCUUGGAACUACCUCUGUCACUCACAUCUAACGAUAACGAAGCACAACUCUGAACGCGAAGCCAGCGUAUUAAUUUUCGACGUGUUACUAGCAUCGAU